AUGGUUCAAUGUUGGGUUCCGCUGUGUUCUCACAUUUCCAACCGAGAAACUUGCAAAUUUUUUAGAUUUCCAGCUAAUUAUAUUGAAUGUAAAGUCUGGGCUAAAUCAGUGAGAAGAGCAGAUACAUAUCCCACAAAAAAUAACAAAAUAUGUAGUUGCCAUUUUAAAGAUGGUUUAAGAGAAAAUGGACCUACUCAAUUUGAAUGGAAUAAAAACUCAUCCUUUUCAUUUACAUCUCCUGAAAAACAUACCAAACUUAAGAAGGUAGACAGUGCAUCAUGUUCACAGGAAAACGAAAGUUCAAUUAUUAUUGAAAAUAGUACAACAACUGAAACUUAUGUUUUAACACCUACAAAUAGUAAAAGUGAUGAAGCUGAAAAGUAUUUUCUUCAUAAAGAAAUUGAAGAAUUAAAAAAAGAAAAAUUGUUUCUUAAAAAUAACCCUUUUGGUUACCACUCUAUUGAAUCUGAUAACAAAUUAUUUGAGUUUUACUGUGGGAUUAACCAAAUCCUUGUGACUCUUAUAAAACUAAGAUUGAAUUUAGCUUAUCCAGACUUAGCAUUUAGAUUUAAGACUAGUGAAUCCACAUACCUUCACAGAAUAAGAACCAAAAUUGCUUGCCAGAAUGUUUCAAUAAUUUUCAAAAUUGGCUUAUUGGUGGUGGCUCCUAAUGGUGUUAUUACUUAUGCUAGUAAAUUGUAUCCUGGAUCCACUUCUGAUAAAAAAAUUGUAGGCCACUGUGGAGUAUUAAAUAUAUUACAACCAGGUGAUUUAGUGUUAGCUGAUAAAGGCUUCCUAAUUUCAUACUUAAUGCCUCCAGAAACUUCCUUAAACAUUCCCCCUUUUCUUAUGUCUCCGCAAUUCACUCCAAGUGAAGUUCUGAAAACAAAGAGCAUAGCUAGAGCCAGAAUUCAUGUUGAAAGGGUGAUGGUUAGGCUGAAGAAGUUUAAGAUUUUAACACACAUACCAAAAGCGCUUUAUACAAAGUCAUCUUUAGUAUUUCAACUAUGUGCUGCAUUAGUAAAUUUCCAAAAUCCAAUAAUAAAAGAAGUUGAGCAUCUGUUUGUAAAUAAUGACAAGACAUAA